UGGACCGCUCAGGACAGACACACUACUCGGGGGCCAGCGCACCAGUAGUAGCAAAUACUCGUCGCGAGGGAAAAAUAGCAUCGCUGUGGAUUUGUUUUGCAGUGCGUUUUUUUUUUGUUUGUUAAAUUCCAAGCCAAAAGUGCCCUCAGCUAGAAGUCGAUCUUUUUUGUUCGGUUCGAAUUUGUGCCCUGAAAAGGCGCACACAUGCGUGUGUAGUUGCGUUUAGUGCCAGCUGCUUAAUUGUGCAAGCUGAAUUGUACGGAUUAGUUUAUGCUCUUGAAUUUGCUCUAACCCCAUCAAAAAAAAAAUAAUGUAAAUUUGUUUGCCGAGAGUGAAGAUUUGAAUUGAAGUAACGAAAGCUAGCCCCGCUCAAUAGUGGUAUUUUUGUAAACUUUGAAAAAUAUUCCACCUUAGUUGAACGUUUUCCUCCAACUUGCCUCCAGAGCAGAAGAUCGCAACCCAAAGUGUGGCAAUCGGAGAGUGUGUGUUUUGUUGCGAAUGAUACAGAUUUUUGUGUUUUGUGAAGCAAUACACUGGCCAAAUAAAGCGCAAAAUGAGCGUUAGCCAGCGGAGAAGUCACCACACAAUCUGAGACAGAGAGAGAGAGAGGUGACGAAGGGGCUGAUGCUGUGAAGAACGGCUUCAUUCAAGAACUAAACUAAACCACAAGCAAACGAGCGCGCGAGAAAACAAACAAACACACCGACAAGACAAGAGUACCCGAGCAGAGCGAGAACCGCAAAAGGGAACGGCGGAUUGGCCCCAAGGCGCGGCGCCAGAGGAGCAGGGCCGACAGAUCCUGGCGCGGACACUGAAUGUAAAAUACAGUACUAGCACAGUACGCCACCUGGACGUCUGGUUUGCUGUAAUCAUGAAGUCAAUGAUUUCAAGACCCCUUUUGACGCUCUGCCUCUGGCUGUGGCUGGACCACGUGGCGCACGCCCAGUCCGUUGGCAAUGGCACCGUUACGAUAACAUCGCCAGGAGCAACCUCAACGCAAUCCUUUACGCUGUCCCAACCGGCGGCGGUGGCGGCCUCGACAGAACCGAAACUACGAUUCCUCCGACCGACGUACACACGCACCGAGCUGAAGGUGGCGCGAAGUCUCGAACCGGACAGCGUGCAAAAGCUGAACGUCCGCUCGAACAACGGUCGCAUGGUGGAGAUCAUCGUGAAGAAACGGGAGGACAAGAGUUCGAGGGGGAAACCCACGGGCAGGCCUGUUGCUUCCGAAGGGUACCGGGUCACGGGGGACAAUUCUCCCGAAUCGGUUGAUCUGAUCAAUGCGUUUUUGGAGCAUGUUAACCGGAUUGAGCGACCGGCUAGGUUCUACGAAAGCGACGAAAGUUCGAUCAAGAAUGAUCGUCGACCGGUUAGGAUUGCGGUCAGUAGUCGACCUGUUGAUGAAACAGCAUCGCCGGUCAAUGUUCCGGCGCCCGUGGUGAUCAGCUCGGAUGCCAUCUACAUGAAGGACAAUCCUUUUGGAGGGACCAAGAAGAAGGCACGUGCUCUGCAGGAAAUUGGUUCGGAUGGCAUUCCGGUGGUUCACGGGAUUCGCGUUCCUGACGACGAAGACGACAAGCAAAAGGUGUGGCGAAAUGCGAGGGUCAUCAAUGGUGAGUUGGUCCCGUACGAGAAGGGUCACGUGCCAAAAAGAAUGGAGGGAACGGUCGAUACGUACGGACAGUUGAUAUUCGCGAAACCUUCGAGUGAGUCCAGUGGCCGCCGGAGGAGCAUUGGUCCGUUUACGACGGCCGAUAAUUUCCCGCUGGACGAGCACACCAAAAGUCUGGGGCCGUUCACCGUCGAAGACAAUCUGCGAUCGAGCGUGCGAGUUAACGAUGCAGAACAGAUGGUUAAAGUGCCAACCAACAUUGGACCAUUCUCGCGUGCCGACAACGGGCGUGUUUCGAACGCGAAAUUGAUCGAGUACAUUAAGAAAAUCAACGAUCAAGAGAGUAGAAAGCAUUAUUUCGUUGCUCGUACACCAAACAAAGAAAUUUUCGCCGAACAGCCCAAGAUACAGCGCCGAAUGCUGCAGAACCCGGGAAAUCCAGUGUACCCGGUGUCAAAGAUGUACGCGGUGCCUGGAUCGCAACAGGAGUUGGAAGAUAACCGCGCACCAGUGCUACAGUACGCCCACCCCGAACUGGGUGUUCAACCGGCCAAGUUCGUCCCACCGGAAAGCAAACCAACCCCGAUGGCAUCCAAAAAGGUCAUCAAUGUUGAAUUCAGCAAACACAACGAUCACUCCCCGUUCGCCAUUGAACCCGCCAUGCUAGGCAAAGAGUACUACGAAAAUCAACAACAAGCAAUCAAAUACCCCCUGAAGAAUGGCCCGUACGAAGACCUCUACCAGCCCGUCAAGAUCCCAGCGACAUAUCCGUACACGUACGGAUUCAUCCGUCGGGUAAAACCGGAGCGCCCAUUCUGGGUCAAAAUCAGCGAAAAGGUCAAAGAUGGCUUUCAAACCGGAAUCAACACCGUGCAAGAGUUUGCCAAGCCCGUGCUGGACCCCCUCGUCGAAGCCGGACACAAGAUCUCCAAGAACCUGGGAUUUGUCAAGCGGCCUAACGAAGCUAAGGACAAAGCUGAUCUGGUGGUGGCACCAGCUGCAAAUUCGGUUGUUUUCCCAGCUCUAGGCAUGUUGGCCGGUGGAGCCGCCCUGGGCCUGGGAGCGAUGGCCGUUGGACGGUUCUUCGACAUGGACCUGCUGCGACGAUCCGGAGAACAGUUGGUCAUGGAACUGGACGACCUGGAACACAAACGGGCCCUCGAAAGCAUCGACGCCAGCCAACGGGACAAGUACUACCUGUUUGUGCCGUCAACGGCCAUCACCCGCAUGGAACCAGUGGAAUCCAAGCAACGCUCCAAACGAUCCGUCGGCGCGUUCCAACUCGACCAAGAGGACAACGACAUCCGCUACCACAACGACAAAUUUGACGACCAGGGCGACGUGAUAGAAAUACUUGACCUCAAACCAGCAGACGAUCGCGACGACGACGCAAUCCAAUCGAUCGACGACGGCGAAUUACGCAACCGGAGAAAGCGACGAUCGCUGGGAGGACUGUCGUACGAGCAGGCGCUGCAGGACGUCGAGCGCGAUCUUCCCCGGCCGGCGCGGCUCGGGUUCGAGCAGCAGCUCAAGCAGACCAACUGGAAGAAUCCUUCCUGUGCCAAGAGAACGUUCUGCCAGGUCAUGGUCAUGGCCGGACACGACGACGUCGUCUUGAUGGAGAAGAAAAUGUACACCAUGCUGGAGAUGAUGCAUCCAACGCUGGGAGCAAGCCUGACGAAUCAUCUGUCCGAGGUAACCGACGCCAUCAGACAGCAGGACUGCGCCCGAUUCGUGUGUCAUCAGCGGGCGUAACCAGCCGAGCCGAGUUAGGAAAUGUUUUAUAUUAAAAUUGCGUUUAUCAACAGAUAGAGUACAUCUUCUUUUAAGCAAUCAAACAUCAACGGGAAAAAAUAACGCGUGUUACCUAAUACUAAAAACGUUCAGACGUUCAGUUACAGUUCCGAGAAAACUAAAAUCUGUUGACGAUAAAUUAACUCAAAACCUGACUUUUACUUAUUGAAAUGCCAAAGGAUGAUUAGGAAGAGGGUAACGGGAAAAACGAAAUUGUGUUAACUUUAGGUUCGAGACAGUAUCGUAUAUUAGUGCCUUUAGAUAGUAUAGUUGCAUAACUUAGUGAUGACGGGAGAAAAAAAAACCAUUCGCACCAACUCGGCUGCGAGCAUCGAGACCGAAGGACGGCAAUAGUUUUUGCAGACAUAGAAAGAAAAAAUCCUAGAAUAAUAAUCAGCCUAACUUAUGAGCCACCGUGAGAGGAGUGAGAAGAUGAAAAAGUGACAAAAUGAGAAAUCUCGCAUAUUUAUUGUGGUUUUAUUUAAAUUAUGAAAUCGGUUAUUUAAUUCAUUUAAUUUAUUCACACACACACACACCGGUCCCAGCGGAACCAAAUAAAACAGUUUUUUAACUAAUGAAAAAGAAAGAAGCAAAAGAACGACGCAAAUUAUCCUGGACGAGAUUACACAUUUUGUCACAAAAACAGAAAACGAAGACGAAAAGACGUCCAAACUUUAUAGGGGAAAGUGCAUCCAUUUGUUCGUAGAUUACGACACGUCCUUUAACACUAGAGAUAGGAUAGAGAAGUACUAUAGUCUUGUUUAAAGUGAAAUGAUUUAAAUGCUGUUGUGAUGUUUGAAAUGGAGGAUUGAAUAAAAUACUGAUGUAUAUGAAUAUUA